AUGACGAUUGAGGCGUUACUGGACGAGCUUCUGUGUCACAUCCUUUCCUUCCUUUCGACCAAGGAAGCCAUUGCUACAUCACUGUUGUCUAAAAGAUGGAGAUUUUUAUGGACCAUGGUUCCAUCUCUUCACAUUGGGUGUGCCAAACCAAUCAUGGAACACUACAAGAGUCUCAAGGUGUUCUUGGCUCUACGCAGAAUGCAUACCAUCACAAGCUUUCGUCUCAAAUGCGAUAGCGAUCAUGAGUGUUGCUCGCAUUAUGUGGAACAAUGGAUUUUAGAAGUCGCAAUAAGAAAAGUUGAACAAGUGAAUAUCUCCUUAUUCAGGUGCCAUAUAAGCAAAAUCAACGUGGAUGCCUUGUUCACAUGCACCACAAUUGUCAACAUGAAGAUUAAGGGUCCCUUUGAAAUCACCAUUCCUUCUUCUGUUUAUCUCCCUAAUCUCAAGACUCUGCGUUUAAAAGUUUGCGAACGUUUCGCCAUGAAAAAUGUUAGAAAGAUUAUCUCUAGUUCUCCAUCUGUUGAACUGAUCUACAUGAAGCAUAAUUUUACUAAGGAUUAUUUUUUACAGUUGAAGGCUGUGCGUAACUAUCGAUAUCUCCGACUCUACCAUCAAAAUUGGCUUUAUGACGAAGUCAUGCAUUAUGAUUAUGAUUUUAUGUCAGACUCAAUGCAGAAUUGUGGUUGGUUAAAACCUGAGAAAGCCAAGGUUUAUGUGACAGUGCAUAACUAUAUGAUGCAGGCUGUUUCCUACCUUCUCAAAAGAAUACAUUCUGUUGAAUUUCUCUCUUUGAAAUAUUCUAGGGAUGUUAAUCCUUCUACUUUUGAUCUUCCAUUAUUUGAGAAUUUGGUUGAGUUACAACUUUUUGUCACAAAAGAUGAUCCCUUUAUUAUGGAAUUACCUGCCAAGUGUCCUAAGCUUCAAGUUCUUGAAAUUAAUAUCUUGGAUGAUGGUCAGAGAUGUCGCUAUAAUAUUAGUGAAGGAGUAAGGGUGCACGACCUAUCAAUUGUUCCUAUUUCACCUGUUAUAUGGCUAAAUAAUUGGUUAAGAGACCAAGCUAUUGUUUUCUUAGAGCAAUAA